GCAGUAUGCCGCUCGAGCAUCCGCAGCUGUUCAAAUGUACAUACGUGCUUAUGGAAUGAGCUCUCGCAGACACUCUAAAUCCUGCAGACUGUCAAUCGUGCUGCUAAACAUGCCACUACUCAUCCGCAUAUUCUUCAUAAAUCUCCUGCUCGUAGUCGUUUGUUCGGGGGUCUGCCGGUACAAUGAUCCAAACAUCAACGAAUAUUUUCAAAUUUUCUGCACAAAAUCAAAGGGCCACGUCACCAAAUUAGUCUGUACGAAUCCAGAAUCGCCGGAAACAUGGUCGAACUUACCAAGGUUAAAUGUGACUGGAGUCAAAUUGAGUAUGGAUCGAUGCCGUCUGCCAACCGAUCUGCAGCUGGCCGAUCUAUUUCGCAGCAUGCAACUCGGAGAAGUAGUGACAUUUCAGUUGACCAACUCGUCGACUAUCCCUACUAGAACGAAUUUUCAAGACUUGAUCAUCGAUACGAUCGAAUUGGAAAAUUGCCCACUGGAGGAUUUGCCGAGCGACCUGCUCCACGAUACUCAACCUCGUUCUUUUUACCUCGUCAAGACUAUGCUGCGUGCUGUGCCUCAUAACUUCUUUUCGAAUUCGAACACGAUUUUUAAGGUUGAAAUUGUCAAUUCUCGAUUGGAAAAGUUGAAAAGAGACGAUUUCAAAGGUCUAAUUAACGUGCAUACGUUACUGCUCUUUGGCAACGUUAUCGACGAAAUAGAAGCUGGUACUUUCGAUACUCUCCUUAAUCUGAAAAGUCUUGAUCUUUCUCGAAAUAGAUUGAAGACCCUACCAGGUGGUCUCUUUCAAAAUAUCCCAGCUCUCGAGAUUAUCAAUAUCGGUGCGAAUCAAUUUGAUGAAUUGCCUGGCGAUUUGUUUAGGAAAAAUGAUAGUCGGCUACGAAAGUUUCGAAUGAGCUUAAAUGAAGGAACACUUAAAUCUCUACCGGCGGGCCUAUUCAGAGAUUUAAGGCAUAUCCAGCAAGUCGAGGCAUUAUCCAACAGGUUUGAAUCAAUACCAGCUGAUGUUUUCUCCGAUUCGACUAUGCAAUCGCUCAAUAUCAGUGAAAAUCACCUUACCGAACUACCAGCGACAUUAUUUAGUGGGAAUUACCAAUUGAAAGAGGUAUGGAUUAUGGCAAAUAAUUUAACUGCUUUGCCGGAUGGUUUGUUUGAUGAUACAAUCUUGGAAGUCUUGCAACUGAGUAACAAUCUACUGACCAACAUUACCAGUGGUGCUAUGAGAGGUUUGAGUGCUUUGAAAAGACUUUAUUUAUCAUCGAAUCGUCUAAGAUACAUCGAUCCUAACAUUUGCAAUGAAUAUCAGAAUCAUCUCGAACAAGUUGAGGUGGUCGAUGUGUCGCGCAAUCAAUUAACUUUGGAGCGUAUGACCGGCACGGCCUUGGAUUACGUCUUUCAAAAUUGUAUCUCGAUCAGGGAACUCUAUGCUAGUAACAAUAAUGUGCCCAGAUUGUUUCACGAGUGGCUGACAAAUACUAAUUUACAACGAAUCGAUUUCGAGGGAAAUAACAUCACUCAUUUAUCAACACAGGAUCUAAAUUUAUUGAAUCACGAAGCGUGGUUGAAUCUAAAACGCAAUCCAAUUAAAAGUAUUGAGUUGGAUGAUAUCGAAGAAGUGGCUACAGAUUAUGUCAAAAAUAACCAUAAACCUAAAUCUAUAGUGAUUGAAGUUUCACAGUAUCCAUUGAAUUGUGAUUGUCGCGUUUUAGAGUUUGUACGUUACUCCAAGGGGUUGCUCAAUAGAGCAGCACGAAAAUUUGUUAGCUUCAAUCAAAUAGAAGAAAUCAAAUGUUCGAGCCCGCCUCAUUUAGCGAAUAUAUCGUUAUUGAACAUCGAUAUGAACGAACUAAAGUGUCCAUACGAACCGGAGAUCAGAUACGAUGUUUGUGGCGAUAUUUGCACUUGUUGGGAUUAUCCAAACAGAAAUGCUUACGCUGUAAACUGUUCUUCAAAAAAGAUCGAAGAAAUUCCGUUUGGCAUUAACCACGUAAAGGGCAAGCUCAUCACGUGUGCGAGUCCACCUCGUUUAGCGAAUAUAUCAUUAUCAAAUAUCGAUCCAAACAACUUUAUGUGUCCAUUUCAACCCGAGAUCAGAUUCGAUGUUUGUAAAGAUUUUUGCUCUUGUUGGCACUAUCCAAACAAAAAUGCUAUCGUCAUAGACUGUUCUUCGAAAAAUUUGGAGGAAUUUCCAUUCGGCAUUAAUUACGUGAAAGACAAGGACAUCGAGCUGAAUCUUAGCCAUAACAAAUUCAAUCAAGUUGAUAAAUCCUCAUUCACUCGCCUUCUUCCGUCUAAUGUUGUUUCGAUCGACAUGUCGUCCAAUAACAUUUCUCGUUUCGAUAUUGACUUCAGCAAUGUAAAAAAUAUUAAGCUGCUUAAACUUCAUCGAAACAACUUGACUCAUUUGAGCUCAAACGUUUUAUUAAAAUUACAAAAUCAGUCAUUAAAGAAUAUAACUCUGCACGAAAAUCCCUGGGCAUGUAAUUGUGAUACGCUAGAAUUUCUCGAAUAUAUACAAACAAAUUUUAUUGAAUUCCACCUGCAGGAAGUCAGAUGUGCUUCCACUGGACUAAACUUUACAUCUUUGACUGCUAACAAUCUUUGCGCCAAUCAUGUAAAUUUAAUCAUAGGAGGAAGCCUCAGCAUGGCAAUUCUGGGAGUCAUUUUUGGAUACUCAAUAGCAUUGUACUUCAAAUACAAUAAGGAGAUAAAAAUUUGGUUGUACUCGAAACGGUUCUUUCGAUGGUUCAUUACAGAAGACGAUCUGGAUAAGGAUAGGAAGUACGACGUAUUCAUCAGUUUUGCGAAUGAAGACCACAUGUUUGUCGCGACUGAACUAGUACCCAGACUAGAAAGCGGUGCUAACCCUUAUAAGCUGUGUUUGCAUUACCGCGAUUGGCGUUGUGGCGAAUUAAUACAAAAACAAAUCGUCGAAUCAGUCGAAGAGUCGCGAAGAACUAUAAUAGUUUUGUCAACGAACUUCAUAAAUAGUCAAUGGAGUAAAGAGGAAUUUCGAACUGCUCAUUUUUUUGAUAUGCUAGAAAAGAGAAUUCGUCUCAUAAUUAUAAUAUACGGUACUAUUAAAAUAGAAGAGAUUACUGAUACUACAAUUAAAGCCUAUCUCUCGACCAAUACCUAUAUAAAAUGGGGUGACCCAUGGUUUUGGGAAAAACUAUACUAUGCUCUGCCCCAUAAAGACGAAUUACCAGGACAAUCUGGAACGAACUCAAAAAUUAAUGAAUUGGUGCUGCAGUCAAUAAUGGAACAUAAGAACUUCGCGGCCGUUAAUAAUAAAGAUUCUCCGGUUAAGAAUUUGGAUACUUCGGUAGCUGUCGACACGGAUUCUACGGCAACAGAUGCAAAGAAGUUGCUCGACGCUCCGGACUCCGAUUACGAGGCUAGAUCAACGACAACAAUUUCAUCUUUCGGUGGCGUUGCAAAAAUUGCAAAUAACGCGUGUCGCAAAUGCACCACGAUGUCAAGCCAACAUCAUAGACAUCAUUUCUUCAUUUUUUCCCUGUGGAGUGUCGUUCUCGUCGCAUGCUUUACCAGUGGCGUCGAUGGAUUCUGCAAGGAAACAGUAGAGACUACCGACUUCAAAGUUUCUUGCGAAAAAAAGUACAGUAACCAGUUCUCCCUCAUAGUCGACUGUUUGAACAAUGAUCCCGCAGCGUGGCAACGAUUGACCAAAAAUCAAUGGAAUAUCACUCACACCAAAUUAUUUUUACGCGGUUGCUACAUACCAGAAUCCCUGAAUAUAUACGACCUCGCUAACUCCAUGGGGAUUGAAAAUGUGAUCAUACUCAUUUUAAAAGACGUUAAAUCGGUGCUACAUAGUAGCAUGUUUAAAAAUCUGCCAACUCCUAGGAUAGAGUUGACCGACAGUGACUUUACCAAAUUGCCAAGUGAUUUGUUGUACUACUCGAAACCUCAGCAUUUUCUCAUCACACAGACGCAGCUCAAAGAGGUGCCUCGCAACUUUUUUAUUCUAAAUCCUGAAAUACAGGUCGUUGAGAUUUCAGAAAAUUUUCAAUUAACUCGGUUGAAGAAGCAGGACUUCAUAGGAUUGGAAAAUGCCACGGAUUUGCUGCUGUGGAGCAAUAACAUCGAGACUAUUGAACCAGGCACAUUCGACCAUAUGAUAAACCUUCAAACGCUUGAACUGAUGAAUAAUUCAUUAAGAAUUUUACCCCCUGGUAUGCUCAAAUAUGCUGUAAAUCUACAGGUUCUUAAUCUCAGCAUUAAUAAAAUUGAUGAACUGGAGGCCGACCUGUUGCACUCAGCUAAUAAAACGAUGCAACGAUUUCGUAUGAAUCACAAUGAAGGAGCUCUUACGUCUAUACCUGAAGGUUUUUUUCAGAAUUUAACAAAACUUUGGUAUGUCGAAAUGGUGGGGAGUGGAUUGACUAGUAUACCUGCAAGUUCGUUUGAAAAUACCUAUGGCUUACAGUCGCUCAAUAUCAGUAAUAAUAGCAUAGGUGAACUGUCAGAUGGUCUGUUCAAACGUAAUAACGCCUUGGUUGAAUUGUGGGUUGCCAAAAAUAACUUGACUACCUUACCUGAUGGUUUGUUUAGCGAUUCAAAUCUAGAGCGAAUUUACUUGGAUGACAAUUACUUGACUGAACUAACCGAGGGUAUGCUGAUGGGAUUGGAAAAUUUAAAGGUAUUAGACGUUUCCAACAACUUCCUCAAGUUUAUUUACUAUGAUGCUUACAAACUAUUGAAAAAAAUCGAAUAUAUAGACGUGUCAUAUAAUCAACUUACAUUGGAAUCGACGCGUUAUGACGGCAUUUCUGUACUGUUUAACUUGGUGCAUCUAAAAAGUCUUGAUGCAAAGUAUAAUAACAUUACUCAAGUGUUUGAUCAUUGGACACAGCUGUCACAUCUCGAAAACGUAGAUCUCGAAGGAAAUCUAAUUCAAAAAAUUACGGAGAGAAAUUUGAGAUUUUUGAAUAACAGGACUACUUUGAAUUUAAGAAAAAAUCAGAUUACCACAAUCGACAUAAGCGGGUUAAAUACUGAAAACUACAGAGGAUCAAAAGUUUACGCAACUGAAAAUCCGCUUGUUUGUGACUGUCAUCUUCUUGAAUUGAUAAAAUACACACAGAAGAAUCUUACCCAAGAUAUUUAUGAUUACGUAAAUUUUGUAGCCAUAGAUACCGUAAAAUGCACGUCUCCAGCCCAUCUGAAAGGUAAAACCUUAAAAGAGGUGCAUUGGCCUGAUUUGAGAUGUGAGAUAAAAUUGGAGAACAGUGUUUGCAAUGGCACUUGUACUUGCUGGGAAUAUUCUGGAAGACAAGUUGUAGCUGUAGAUUGUACAUCAAGGAGUUUUCAUACUUUUCCUGAAACAAUCAAAAAUCUGGAAGGAAAAUUCAUUGAAGUUUAUAUGACUUACAACAGUCUCACGGAAAUACCUCCUGUCAAUCUUCUGCCUCAAAAUAUCUCAGUACUUGAUUUAUCUUUCAAUAAUAUUUCUAUUUUAAGUGAAGAAAUUUUCAUGAUCGACAGUUUGCAACAGCUCAAAUUGCAUAAUAAUAGGUUGACUCGUUUAGAUAAUAAUGUACUUUCGCGAUUGCAAGAUCAUAAAAGUUUAACAAGCCUCUCUCUUCAUAGCAAUCCUUGGCUGUGUGAUUGUAAUACAAGAGACUUUUUAAGUUUUGUGCAAAAAAAUUUAGUUCAACUGGAGCUUCAUGGCAUUAGCUGUGCCGAAACAGGAGAAAAUUUUUCAACGGUAACUGCUAAUGAGAUAUGUUCCAAUGCAUCAACUAUCACCUUGACAGUUUGUGCAGUAGUCGUCGUAUUUGCCGUUUUGGCUGCUUGGAUUACCGCCAUGUGUAUCAAAUACAAAAAACAUGUAAAAAUCUGGUUGUAUUCGAAACAGUUAUGCCUUAGAUUUGUCACAGAAGAAGAGUUGGAUAAAGAUAAACAAUACGAUGCUUUUAUCAGUUACUCUCACUUGGAUGAGGAUUUCGUUUUGAAGGACCUAGUACCUGAACUCGAAAGUGGCUCCAAACCGUACCAGCUGUGCUUACACUACAGAGAUUGGGUUAUUGGUGAAUGGAUUCCAGCUCAAAUAGCACAUUCUGUCGAAGAGUCACGUAGAACAAUUAUUGUGCUAUCUCCAAAUUUUUUGGAAAGUGUGUGGGGAAAAAUCGAAUUUCAAACAGCUCAUCGCCAGGCAUUAAAUGAAGGCAGAGCACGAGUAAUUGUCAUUUUAUAUGGAGACGUGGGAAAUAUACAAAAUCUCGAUCCUGACUUGAAAGCUUAUUUAUCAAUGAACACUUACAUCAAGUGGGGAGAUCCUUGGUUUUGGGAUAGAUUGAGAUAUGCUUUACCUCAUAGACGCGAACUUUCUAGAACUCUGAAGCGUACAUCUAAUGCUCAAAUCAUUGGUAAUUAUUUAUCGACUCUUCAAGAAAGUGAUAACGCCGCAAAUUCAAAUUCAGAGUCUGAUAGCAAGUGCGUGGAAGUGGCGCCAAUUCAAGAAGCAGAAACACUUUUAAAUGUAAGACACAAAGAUGCCCUAAUGGCAUGAAGGUGAAUUUGAAAUUUUUUAAAUUUGACUAAUAACGUUAAAAUCUAAAAAGCUUUAUGUAAAGUGAAAAUUGUCUGAAUGGCUUAAUCAAGCCAAAAUAUACUGCUACGAACAAAAUUAACAAAGUAAGAUUUUACUUUAAAUGAAACAGUGCCGUAUUUCUGCAUUUUUUUGUUAAUAGAUAUUACAACAAAGCUAAAAUUUUG